GUUUGGCAUACACUAAAGAGUGAAACAGCUGUGGAGGAAAUUCGAACUGAAAUAUUGCAUCAACGCGUGCAAAGAAAGGUUGCAAUGCAAUUUGAUAAAUAACAAUGCUAUGUUACGGUUAUUUAGAGAAAAGUUGCAGAUCAAAAUAGGCUAUUUUCUUACUAGGCUGGGGGAUCGAAAAAUGGAGCCCACUUCUUUAUUUAUUGUUCGCUCACUCCCUGCUAAUGACAGAAUCUCCAUGGAAUUUGACUAUUCUCACGAUGGAGGAAAACCUAAACAGUUCCGAAUGGAUAGAAUAAAAGAGGAGGAAAUGGGUCAAACUUUUUCACGACUUAAAAAUUCCAUAACAUCAAAAUUUCUAAAAAGGAAGAGAAAGAAAAAUGAACCAGAAAUUGAAUACGAGGAAACCCCCCUUAAGUUUACCAUAAAUGGUGUUGAAAUCAAUUCAGAGAGCAAAGUACGUGUUGUAGAAGCCUUGACUCAGGGAUCCGAAGUCUGUAUUAACGAUCAAAAGUAUCAGGUAUCAGUUAACCCCCCUACAGUGUUAAAAUUAGAGCUUCCCAAGAGUAUGAUGUCAGGGUUCCCAAUUUUCCCAAAGGUGGAUUUACAGUUUGCUAAUGUGAUGGACAGUGAGUACACGUGGAACAGAGUACAUAAAGAUUUCAUUCAUCUUAAUGAUUCUCUAAAACAUGCAAAUCGGACAUUCCUGUGCAAUGAAAAAUCUUACACACCAACCAAUGACGACAUUGACCAUAAAAUUGAACUUAGCUGUAUUCCAAAGCUCGGGGAUAAGUCAGGAAGUAUGUCCACAGUCAUCAGUAAAGUGGAGGUUGAAGCAGGUCCAGGGGUCUGUCCGUUUGAGACGAGACACAUGUACAAUUCAGAACUGACCGAUAGCACAAGUUUCAGAGUGGUGUCCUAUAACAUACUGGCAGAUGCGUUUGCAGACACAGACUUCACUAGAAAUGAACUGUAUCCAUAUUGUCCUCCUUACGCACAGUCCAUAGAUUACAGAAAACAACUGCUACUGAAAGAGAUUCUCGGAUACAAUGCAGAUAUCAUUUGCCUUCAAGAAGUAGAUGAGAAGAUAUUUGACAGGUAUCUCUUGCCAGCCCUUCAGAUUAAUGGCUUUUCGGGAGUGUUUCAGAUGAAAACUGGGAAAAUCAGAGAAGGAGAAGCUUUGUUUUACAGGAACUCAAAGUUCAGGGCCCUAGAGGAACACUCAAUAGACAUAACACAGAGUUUGGAGGAGGAGGCCUAUAAAGAUAUCAAGGAAAAAUUGACCAAAUAUGAAGUCCUGUAUGAGUUUUAUAAAAAGAGGAAAAAUGUGCUACAAGUGCAUGUUCUGGAAUCUGUGUCAGAUCCACACAAGAAGCUGUGUGUGGCAAACACCCAUCUGUUUUUUCACCGAGACUUUGAUCACAUCCGUAUUAUCCAGGGAGUGGUCAGCAUCAGGCACUUAGAACAAGUGAUGACAAAAUACAGGGAAAAGGGAGACAACAUUUCCUUAGUUUUCUGUGGAGAUUUCAAUGCCAGUCCCCAAAGUCCUUUACAUGGAUUUCUGAGCAAAAGUCAACUCAGUCCAGAGGAAUAUGACUUACAGAUAAAAGAUACGGGAGAGAAGGUGACCAACUUUGACUUUUCCCAUGGCUUUAAUCUGACCAGUGCCUGCGGUUACCCGCGGUACACUAAUUACGUGGGAGGGUUCCACGGACAGCUGGACUAUGUGUUUGUGGACAGCAGUUUGGAGGCGGUCAGUGUAGUCCCUCCUCCAGACCACGAACAGGUCACUCAGCAUGUGGCCCUCCCCAGCAUUGUGUUCCCCUCGGAUCAUAUAGCACAAGUCUGUGUACUUAGGUGGAAGUGAGAUUUUAUAUACUGAAUAAAUCAUUUGAAGCUGGUA